AUGGCCUGUAAAACGCCUGAGAAAUUUUUCAAACCCUUGAAAUCGCCCGCUUUGCCCUCAAACGCCAUGAAGGGUGCGCUAGCACUGGUUACAGGAGGUGGCACCGGGCUCGGCAAAGCGAUCGCCACGAUGUUUGCUGGUUUAGGUGCACAGGUCGCCAUUGCUGCCAGACGAAUGGACGUCUUGACGGCGACGGCUACAGAAAUCAAAAACAAAACCGGUGGAAUAUGUGAGGCUUUUCGCAUGGAUGUGAAAGAUCCUGUGCUGGUGUCAAAAACGCUCGACGACAUCGUUGAAAGGUACUACAAUAGUAAUCAAGUAGAGCUCUCAGUAAACUUUUUGGCCAGGAUGGAGCAGCUCCUAUAG